CCCGCUCCAAACCGCGAGAGGGGAGAACCGCUCUGUACGAGUGACUUUUGUUUCCGCCGCUAGAGGCGCUGCCUCACGAUGUAGCUUGCCAUCGUACUACGGCGUCACGGAGCCACACCUACGAGUUUCUCGACAAUUUCAACCCUUUCAGAUCGCUGAUCUUCACGCAGAGUUCGCGUACGUUUUCAGGUUAAACGGAUAACCUAUGGAAAGUUACGAGGACGACGACGACACUCACUUCUGCAUCAAAUGCCAUCUGACGAUACACGGCCUCGACAAUUACGUACGACAUCGUCAAUCCGGAUGUCGGCCACCGGACGACAAGAACGUAGCCGUGCGGGUAUCACCCACGACGCCCGCUUCGCCGACCACCGUUUUCUAUCCGGAGAUACUGAACGCGGACGCGUUCUUCAGUUCGCUGGAACUACAGAGCAGCUCCAAGUCGAAUCCUCGAAAGGCAUCCGGUUUGCUCGAGGAAAGUAGGAAGUUCAAGAAGGACGACAAAAGGAAAAAGAGUCAGAAAUCGCAGGUGGACGCGGACGAAUCGACGGUAAAAGAGAAGCUUCACAAUAUGUUGCCCGGAGUUUCGGAGCUCGAAAACCCCACCGACCAUCUCUGCAUGCCAUCCCUCGUUGGAUUUCCCGAUAUCGUUCCGUCCACGUCCAAUAAGCCUACGGUUACGAGCAACCGGAACAAAUUAAGUCAAUCGAUGAGCAACGUCGCCACGAACAUCGACAGCGGCGGAUUUUCGGUGAAGCCCGAGCCGGAAAAUUCCUUGGAAGGUCUGAUGACGUCUCAGGAAUCCAAGCAGUCGGAUAGAAAACGACAGGAAGAAUCGCAAAGGAUCGAACAGGUUCAUCAAACGUGGUUGGAAUACACGAUAUUGGCCGAGCUGGUGUCGAACAACGAAAACAAGGAUCUGACCAGAUACGAGUACGAAUAUCAACAGGACGAGGAUUCCGAGGACGAUAUAUUGGAGGAAGAUUUGGGGGAGGAUGACUCUUAUACCGAGUCUGACGAUGGGGAAGAUCGAGAACGUCCACCGCGUGGUCACAUCGGUGGCAAAUGGAAGCCAGAAUUGGACGAUCUUCCUCAAAAUAUGUCUCAACUUCAGGACGACGACGUGGAGCCCGAAGACGAACAUCAAGAACAUCCGCCGCCGACUUAUACAGGGGGCAAGUGGCGACCCUCGGACGCCUCGCAGAAGACGGAAGAAUACGAGACUAAGAGCAACGUUGGACAACCAUCGCCAGGACACACACGAGGGAAAUGGGUACCGGGCGCACAAACGGAUAUCGAAUCAGGAUAUUGGUGCAGUCCUUGCGGCAGGAAACUUGCCUCUCGAUUGGUCUACAACAGGCAUCUUCUCUCUGAUUUGCACGCUAGAAGGAGCAUCCGAGAAAUCGAUGGCGUUCUUUGCCUGCCGCGUGUCGCCAAGUUGCACGCACUGAAAAAAUCAUCGACUCGUAUUCAAAAAACUAAAGAAGCGGAGGAAACGAAAGAAGCGAAGAAAAGUUUGCGAAAACGAGAAAAGGAAAUACUUCGUUGCGAAAUGUGCCAUGCCCGAGUGAGAAGAACGCAAAUGGGCAAGCAUUUGCUCUCUCAUUAUCACUGCCGCGUGGCAGGUGUAAAUCCUUGCAGCCCACGGGCGCGUCGCUUUUUACUAGAAAAUAUGGCGAAUGUGGUUCGGCAGUGCCCUUUUCAGUGUUUCUCUUGUCGUUUUUACUGUAACACGGAGGAAACAUUCCUGCGUCAUUGGCGAUCCGAUCUUCACGCAAAAACGCUCGACCAGAUCGCCGGCAGUUACAGAUGCACUCCUUGCGACUUUUGGUGCGAGGACAACGAAACGAUGGAAGCGCAUCUGGUCGAUUCGAGUCAUCGCGACGUUGUUUCCAUGAUGAAUGGUUCGGUGCCGAUCAUGAUAGGUCGUCAGCGAGCUCUGACCUGCGGUGGUUGCGAUCGUCGAUUCCGGUAUAAUUUACAACUUCGAUUGCACAUCAAGGAAACUGGCCACGAAGAGAGUUUGACCGCGACGGACGAAUAUCAACAGCGAAUCAAAUGCAAUCUGUGCCCGCAAAUAGUUCGAUCGUUGGUGGCACUUCAGCGUCACCAGUUGUCUUGCCACGUCACGAAGAUCGAGAAACACGAGACGAACGAUUCGCCCCAGCCUUAUUUCUGUUCGUUCUGCUCGAUGAACUUUGCCACUGCUCGAGAAGCCGUAUUACAUCGAAGAACGUCCAGUCACAAGGAGAUAGUGAAGGCUCGGAAAAGCAGCGAAGGCCCGUCCACGUCCACGGUUCGGCAGUGUCCUCAUUGCAAGCAGAAGCAGGCGAAUUUAUCGAAGCACAAGGCACACCUUCUCGAUAAUCAUCCCGAGCUUUGUUACAGAUGUCCCAAAUGCGGUACGUUGUUUGCCCUCUCGCAAGACGUGACGAGGCACACGAGGGAAAACAAGUGCCAUGUCUCAAACGAUGAAUCGAAUAAAACGAAAACAGCGGACGCGAGAGACGAAUGGAAAUGCAACAGCUGUAGCUUCUCGACCAACAUUCAAGCGGAAUUUAUCUUCCACGAAGCUCUUCACGCCGGGAUCGUGCGAGGCGAUAACGAAGACGAGAACUCUGGCAAAUCAUUGGCGAAGUAUUCUUGCCCCAUCUGCAAGAAGACAUUCGCGAAAGUGUCAUUACGGAAUCACAUCAGAAGCCACACCGGAGAGCGUCCGUUUCCGUGUGCCAAGUGUCUCGUGCCCUUUUCCAGGAGAUCCGACCUAAACGCCCAUCAGAAAGAGUGCACGGCUUCGACAUCGUCGGGAUGGUCGGAACGUUUGGAACGGAAACGAAGCUUUGUUUGUUCCGAGUGCAACAGCGCCUUCUACACAAAGCACUCGCUGCGACAGCAUAUGCUGCGCCACGCUGGGAAAAAGUACAAGUGCGGACUUCCGGGCUGUCCAACGGUGCUCCGAACAGCCUCCGAAUUGAGAUCGCACAGAACCUUGGUACACGACAGCACGCCGUCUAAUAGACGAUACAAGUGCUCCGAUUGUUCUUACGCGGCCAAAACGAAGACUCAGUUACGACGACACUGCACUCGGCACGAAGAAGCAGGGAACGUGGCAAAAUCAGAACUUCGCGCAUGUCCCUACAGUGGUUGCGCUUUUAAAACGAAGCUCGCUUCUCAUUUGCAGCGGCACGUGCGUCUCCACACGGGCACAAAGCCAUACAAGUGUCGUCAUUGUCCGUACGCCAGCAACAACUUGGAAAAUCUAAGGAAACACGUGUUGUCCACGAACUUGCAUCGGGGCAAGACGAUCUACGAAUGCGACGUUUGCCAAGAAGACAACCCGGAGCCGUUCCAGACGAAUUUCGCGAAGGAGCUUCGCGCGCAUCUGUUGGAAGUGCACAGCGACGCUUUUCCAACGCCUAACCACGCGAGCGAUUACGUGGUCGGGAUUUUUAAGGUUCGACGAGACUGUGACGAGUCAAAUUAAGAGCGUCGCAACCGUCGUUCGAAUAUAUAUAUCCCGCGGAUCGUCAACAGCGGCGAACACAACGCACUGGACGUUGGUGGUAUCGGCGUUGUCUCUCGUUGUUCGUGAUCGUGCGAGCCGGUAGGCCUGUACCAUGCCAGGAAAUAGUUAAAGUGAUGUACGGUCACGUGGCACGGUACGUACUUUGGACGCGUACACGGCCGAAUCUUUAUGUCCCUAGCGUCGAGAUAUUACGAGAAUCGUUCGAGUCCACCUGCUGAUUUCUCGGAUUCCUCGACGCGCCCCUAUGCAGCAGGUACGUACGUUUGCCAGUUGUCGUCAUUGUAUUACGUUUCGCUUCGUCAUACUCGUGUAACCAAAGUAGACGUAUACUGUUUCAUCAUUUAUUAGAGAUAAAGACAAACGCGACGAACGAUUCUGCGAAGAACGAUUCGCGCGCGCUGAUCCUUCGCGACUAAUCGCGUACUGUUUCUCGUCUUUGCUUUACACGAUAUCGGGAACGCGGACAAGAGCGGAUGAAAGUACCGAGAUGUAUGAAAGAGAAAGAGAGAGAGAGGGAGAGAGAAGGGAAUGGAACGAAACGAGACGAAACGGUCGUUGAAAAAUUCAUCGUGGCUGAAAGCCAGCGACGGACCACCUCGUGGAUCGUCUUACAAGACGCGUUUCCGUCUUCGAGGGUCCUGAUUGUGAGAAAUGCAUCGUGCUGUCGCGCGAGAUAGGUGUCGUAAAGUAUGCGGCCCUUGAGUU